AAGCAGUAUUUUUAUAGCCUGAUUGGCGGUGAUGCAGCUACUGUCGUCUUCCUAUCUGUUGUUUUCUAUUUCUGCUGCAUGUCGAGGUUUACUGAAGUCUAAAACCUACAUAAAUAUGUCAAAGCACGGAACUCGCCGCUUACAGAAAGCCCUCUCCUGAAUAUCGGGACGGUUAGCUUGAGGCUAACAGGAGUUGUGGGAAGAAUGAGCGCUAGCAUCAUGGACGUGUUUGAAAAGGGGAAAGUGGUGAAAAUUUGUGCCCCGAUGGUUCGCUAUUCAAAGUUGGCGUUUAGGACUUUAGUUCGGAAGUACAGCUGUGAUGUCUGCUUCACCCCUAUGAUCAUUGCAGCUGACUUCAUGCGAUCUGUCAAAGCCAGAGACAGUGAAUUUACCACCAAUGAAGGUGAUCGACCCCUGAUUGUGCAGUUUGCUGCCCAUGAUGCCCAGACUCUGGCUGAUGCAGCCUGUGUGGUGGCACCUUUCUCAGACGGGGUUGACCUCAAUUGUGGCUGUCCUCAAAGGUGGGCUAUGUCAGAAGGGUAUGGUGCAUGUCUCAUUAAUAAACCCGAACUUGUUAAAGACAUGGUGAGACGUGUCAGAAACCAAGUGGAGAAUCCAAACUACACAGCCUCCAUCAAGAUCAGGAUUCACAAAGACUUGAGGCAGACAGUGGAUCUGUGUCAGAAGGCUGAAUCGGCUGGAGUUUCAUGGAUCACAGUCCACGGACGGACAACGGACGAACGCCACCAGCCGGUUCAUUAUGACGCCAUAAAGACAAUCAAAGACAGCGUGUCUGUUCCUGUCAUUGCCAACGGGGACAUCAAGAACCUUCGUGAUGUGGAGUCCACUCACCAGCUUACUGGUGUCCAUGGUGUGAUGGCUGCACGAGGAUUGCUUGCAAACCCUGCCAUGUUUGCCGGAUACGAAGAUACGCCUAUAGAGUGUAUUUGGGACUGGGUGGACAUUUCCACAGAACUUGGCACUCCGUUCACCUGCUUUCACCACCAUCUUAUCUACAUGCUGGAGAGAGUUAGCUCCCAGCCUGAGAAAAAGGUGUUUAAUUCUCUGUCCAGUACCUCAGGCGUUGUAGAUUACCUCAAAAGCACAUAUGGGACGCUUCAGGAUCUUGGAACAUGAUCACAUGGAA